AUGAUUUCAAAAAUAUUUUCAAUCAUUUUAAUAAUUUUCAUUUCAACAACAAUUGCAAUUGAUAUUAGAUAUUUGGAUACACCAAAUGAACCUGGAACCAGUUUUUUCCCAGUUUUCGAAGGAUUAAAACUACAUGUAAGAUGUUACCGCAACCAAACAUCUGCAAAUAUCAAUGGACCAACGAUCUUGUUGGAUGCCGGUCUCCCAUUCUUUUCCACUGCAUGGGCCACCAUCCUAGAGCCAUUGCUUAUUGAAAUGCCCGCCCUCAACUAUAGCCAAGCAUGUCUUAUCGACCGUUACGGCUAUGGCUUCUCUGAUCCAGCUCCAUUCCCAUUCACCGCCCAAGAGUUUGUCCGUCGUCUUCACGGUUCGUUGCAAGCCGCUCAAGUAAACCCACCAUAUGCUCUCACUGGUUGGUCGUGGGGAUCGAUCGACAUGCAAAUCUUUGCUCUCCGCUACCCAUCCGAGGUUGUAGGACUAUUUACCGUAGAUGGGACCGAUCCAAUCUGGGGUUUUGAAGGCAACCAGAUCAACGUUGACAUUUUAACAGCCGGUAUGGAAAACUUUAUCGUCAUGAAGCAACUCGACCAGUUGCAAGAUGCCGCCGUCAACAAUCGUAUCCAACUCGGUUACGGAUACUACAAUGACGCCGACAGCAUCAAGUUCCCAACCAAUGCUCUCAAGAUUGCCCAACAAUACUUUUUCACCAACAACUUUUUAAACACUGCCAUCCAAGAGCUCAACAUUAUGGUGCCAUCGACCGUCAUGCUCAACGACACCAUCGCCUCGCUCAACACUGCCACACCAUACAAAGAUCUUCCCAUGGUCGUCCUCUACGAGUCGCUCAAUGGCAUUGAAUGGGAACAACGUCAAGUAAACAUGUCCAACUACUCGACCAACUCUGAAAGCUUUGUCAUUGCAACCUCUCACUUUAUCCCAUGGGAGUCUCCAGAUGCCAUCAUCUCUGGACUUGCAAAACUAUCAACUAGAAUCAAAAAUAAUCCUUCCACUCAAUUUAUUAAAUCCCCUUCCAUAUCUUGUCCAAUUAAUAUUUAA